AUGGUGCAGCUGCUGUCGAUGAUCGUGGUCUCCUGCGCGUGGCUGGGGCUGGGCUCGUGGGUGUCGGGCUCGCCCGCGGGCUGGGCGCUCCCCGAGGUGCUGUUCCGCUGCCCGCCGUGCAGCCCCGAGCGCCUGGCCGCCUGCCUCCCGGCGCCCGCCCCGGCGGAACCCGACGCCGCCUGCCCGGAGCUGGUGCGGGAGCCCGGCUGCGGCUGCUGCCCGGUCUGCGCCCGCCUCGAGGGGGAGCCCUGCGGGGUCUACACGCCGCACUGCGCCUCCGGGCUCCGCUGCUACCCGCGUCCGGACUCUGAGCUGCCCCUCCAGGCGCUCGUCCAUGGGCAGGGCAGCUGCGCCCGAUGGAGCGACGACGCCGAGCACGGAGCCGCCGCCAGCGUCGACCAACGCGGGACGGAAAAUGAGGAACAAACUGAAGGAUCUAUUGCAGAGAACUUUGUGGAUGGUGCCACCAGUGUGGUGAAUGGAGCUUGUCGGUCAAAGACCUUGAAAAAUGGCAGGGACUUUGCCAUCAUUCGUGAAAAGGCGAUUGAGCAGCAAAGACAGAUGGGCAAACCUACCAAGCUCUUCCCCACAAAUGAACAACAGCGGCCAUCAUCUCCCAGGACCGCCUGUCAGCUGGAAUUGGAUCAGGUCUUGGAACGCAUCUCAACCAUGCGGCUGCCAGAUGACCGUGGUCCAUUGGAGCAUCUUUACGCCCUGAAUAUCCCAAAUUGUGACAAGCAAGGCCUUUACAAUCUCAAACAGUGCAAAAUGUCGGUGAAUGGCCAGCGAGGGGAAUGCUGGUGUGUUAAUCCCAACACCGGAAAACCCAUCCAGGGAGCCCCCACCAUUCGUGGAGAUCCUGAAUGCCACCUCUACUACACGGAGCAUGAGCAGGAGGACCGGGGAGCACAAGGCCCACAUGUGCAAUAGAUGGACCUUUUCCCACUCACUGGCAGGCGGCUAAUCUCAGUGCUGGAUUUUACAUGGGUUUCAAUGCAUCUUGAGUCUCUCCUUUUUUCUUGUGUUUCUUGUGUUUCUAGCAGAUUCUCACUUUUUUGUGUGGGCUACACAUGCUGUCUUGGUUGCUUGCCUUUAAAGCAUUGGGGAGGAAUUGCAAAGGGGCUAGUUAGAGAGGGACUGGUUUCUCAGCCUUUCCCCCACUUUUUUCCACUUUCUUGCCUGAGACCUAACACCUUCCACUGGCCACCUGCAAACCUGCCAGAAGCAAGCAGGGAAGAGAGCUCAGGUAGAGGGAGUUCACCCGCCCUCUUCACCCAGGCCUCUCCAAAGAGCCGAGGUGUUCAUGCUCUCACCUGGCUGGACGAGAGAAUCUUUGCCCUAUUGUCUCCCCAUGCCUCACACACCAAAGACUGUAAAUACUGCACGUUGCUUGCUACACAGUGCCCUGACAACCUGUCCCUGUUGGUCCUGUUUUGUCAUUAGGUGGGUUUUAGGAGAAAUGAGGUUUAAGGAAAGAAUCAAUGUUCAGGACACCUCCAGUAGGAAUGCUACGUGCCUUCUUGGGAGGCACAGGGCAGGGUAGGGCUACACCAGACCACCACCUUCUUCUCCCAGAAAGCAUUGCACAUAAGGUCCACAGAGGUGUAACCACCACCCCUUUCCCCUCACCAAUUCAUUAAAUCCUUAAAACUGUGAACAUGACACCUCAUUCAUGAAGAACUGAAUGCCACAAGCCGUUGUGCCAAUCAGGCUAUUAGGCAGGGCCUUAUAAUUGUAUUCAGCCUCUCUGUAGGUCUAAUCCUAAGACACUUCUGAUGUGCAGGAAUCUUUUCAUGCCUAUGCUACUCUUUUCCAAAUCAGGUAUAGUAAGAGUCAAAACCGAGGGAAGGGUCAGAUAUUGGAAGAACAACCCCAGAAUUCUUUUUUCUCCCCCCCCCCCCACUACACAAGAAGCAAAAACCCAUUUAAAACCUACACGUGAGCUGCUGCCAAAGUCCUUCCUUCCUGUUGCAUGGGACCUAGAUGAGCAAUGUGUUUUUUUAUAAGUACCCUACACUAUAUAUAGUGCUUUGUAAAGCCCCUGAAAAGCAAACAGACGAGAUAUACACAUACAUGCACAUACACACGUGUAUAGAUGAAUAAUAUCUGGGAGUUAGGGGGAUGUGGUGUUCAAUAUUCCAUUCCCAAGAAUGGAUUCAGUUUCUCUGGUAUUGUUUCGCACUCUUGAUUUUGUUUUUAUGUGGCUCAUGCAAAUACUGAAAAUUGACUGAGCAGCUGUAUUAGACAAUGAGAUUUUCCUUGUAUAAAAUAUAUAUAUAUAUAUAUAAUGUAUGCCAAUGUAUAUUUUACAGGACAAUUGCUAGGUUCAUGUACUUAGUGCAAUUGUUGGAGGUUGGGUUUUUUUUUUUUUGUAAGAACAACAGUAUAUAUUGGAAGAAAAACCGCAAGCACAGAUGUCCUCUUUUUCUGCAGAAAUGAGUAAGUGUGCAACUGGAAGAUGACUCCAUGGUUGUUUCUGUCUGAAGUAGUAGACUCCUUGGUCCUGCCACUUUUGCCACCUUAUUUCCAUAUGUGGAACUGUUUUACUUGUCAGCAUUCCCACCUUGGAAGAGAAACCCUUUCAAAAACUAUGGAGUAAUUAGGAAUUGGAGGUAUUUUCACGCAUCCUCCCACCACACUUUGUGAAAAUGAGAGAGAUAAUUCGUUGCCUGAGGACUUGCUACCUCUGAGACAAAUAAUAUGUAGAGAAAUGGCUUGUAAGCGAUUAGUUCUUGGUUUGAUUUUUUUUUUCAAGGCAGAGAUUAAUUAGCUGGAAGAAAUGGCAUGAGAUUGAAACACUAGGGCAAAAAACCAGGAGCAGCCAUUGGGAGAUCUGCUGGAACCAACUAUGGCUGUUGGAGUAGGCUAGAUAAGGAAAGUAAAGAUUUCCUUUGCUUUUAUGGGGAGAAGGGUACUUGCACUGUGAGGGCAAUAGUGGAAGUAGUUAUACUGGGACUAGAUCUCAAGUGCAUGGGAGAGGUUCUAGUCGUGGACAAUGUACACUGUCCAUACAGUUAGAUCAUUUGGAUAUAAGAUGACAGUCUAAUUUGCUGCGGUAAUUGAUGAAUGUAAUGAGGACCAUCUCACUGCCCCUCUGGUGAUGCUACGCACUUUCGGUUUUGUGUUUGGCAUAUCCCAUCCCAAGGCUCCUCAAACAAGAACUGGCCUUAACAUUGUUGGGAUCCUCCCCUCCCCAACAAACACAAAUCUGCUCAUUUUUAUUUACUCUUCAUUUCCAUUCUGUUUAGCACCCAAGGAGAACACUGGUGUUAGUGCCUUGAUGGGGAACGUUGUCUGCCUCUCAAACAUAUACUUUUAGCUGUAGAUUCCUCAAGUACAAACCUAGAACUGGUAGUUGUAAAAGCAUUGAAGAAAACACAACACCUCUGUUUCCUUUUGUUGUUUUCCCUCUGGGAGGCAUCCAGAUUUCAUAUUACAACACCUAGUAAAUUGUAAAGGGGGGGAAUGGUGCUAUCUGUAUUCUGCUGAUAUCCAUCAAAGAUGAAUUGGGUUGCUUUCCAUGUAAACAUUGCAAGCAUCAGCUCUCAACUGUACUCCUGUUUAGAAAUCACAAUGCUUUCUUUUCUCUAUUUUGUGUCAAUUGAUAAACUUUGAUAAAGUUGGAAUAAAUUAAAUGGGAUGCCAAACCAAAUA